AUGAGAACCGUUAAUCUUACUACUAGGGAAAGUGCGGCGUUAGCUGUACGAGAGUGUUGCAUUAUUUGGGAAAAAGCCCGGAUUCCUAUUCGAGCUAUUCAUCAUUGCAUAACUAAAUUAAUUAACUUGUACGAGGAAUGGCGUAAUCUACAGAAAAAUGCACAAAAAGUUGGUGAAUCUUAUCGGUUAAAAGAAAAUGAUUUAAAAAAAAAAAUAGAUUUGUUAUUUGAUAUUGCUCAUUCUGAUGCGUUAAAAUUAAUUAAAAUAGAAGUUGAUAAACAGUUUCUAAUAAACCAGCGUUUACCAGGGCGUCCUGGUUGUCUCGGAGGUAUAGAUAUUAAAGGAGAAAUAAAAGAAAAUAUUCACAUUCAACGAUAG